CUACUCUCGUAAAGAAUUGAACGGUAAGUUUCCACAGGGAAGCAACUGUGAGCCCGGUUCCCAUAGUCCUAGGACCUGCAGUGCCUCUGCCUGCAUCCAAAUUGCAUCGACUCAUCCGUCCGCGACUCGCUUCACAGUCUCGCCCAGUACAUUCCUGCCCACCAUGAUCUCUCUCCCCUCCUACGACUCGCACUACGACCAUUCCUCAAACAUCUACCGGACGCAACAACGACAGGCAAAGCAUUACGCAUCGGCUAGCCCUGUCAAAGCCCCAGUAGAAUGCAGAUUCUCGCCGUACACGGAUAAUGGAGGAACUACCCUCGCGGUUGCAGGCGACGACUUUGUAGUGGUUGCUGGUGAUACGCGUCAAAGCGAAGGCUACAGCAUCAACAGUCGAUACGUACCCAAAGUCUUCCAUCUGUCCAACGACUGCGUUCUUGCAACCGGGGGAAUGUACGCUGAUGCUGUCACACUUGUAAAGACCCUGGAGCAGCGAUUGGAGUGGUACCGCCACGCUCAUGACAAACAAAUGAGCAGCGGCGCCCUUGCUCAGAUGUUGUCGACGAUUCUAUACCACAAACGCAUGUUCCCUUACUACGUAUGGAAUACUCUCGGGGGCAUCGACGAGGAGGGCAACGGGGCUGUGUACAGUUACGAUCCAGUCGGAAACUUCCAAAAGCAGAAGUGGGCUUGUGCGGGUUCUGCGGGACAUCUGAUUCAGCCGUUCUUGGAUAAUCAGGUUGGAUUUGUCCAUCAAAAGGUGGUGGAAACACUGACCCCCGAACGGGCCCUACAAGUCACGAAAGAUGCUUUCACAUCCGCCACAGAGCGCGAUAUCUACACCGGUGACAUGGUGGAAAUGUUUGUGGUCACGAAGGAUGGUGUGCAGAAAAGCCAGUACCCAUUGAAGAGGGAUUAAGGGUGCUCGCAAUCAUCAAGGGGCUGUUCCUGCGAUAUUUGUGAUCCUUGGCGGGAGUUUUUGUUGUCAAUAAAGACGAUAAUUGUACAUUCCGGAGUUCGAUUCUUUUCUUUCCCUUGUUGAAUUAUGUUUUACGGGAAUGAGUGGAGGAACUGCAAUUUACGACUUUCACGACCAGUGGGAAUAUAUAUUACAUGAACGUUGCCCUGAGGUUACGCUACUAUGGGGACACUCCGCCGCAACAAAUUGCUUCCCGAAAGCCGAUUCCUACUCGAUGUAAGCGGCAAUCUCAUCGUAUGUGAAAGUCUAAACGGUGAAAGAGAAGCGAUCAGCCCCACAGUCACAACGAUCACUUAAAGGGCAGUAAGUGGGUCUUACAUGAUACUCCAGGCUAUGGUCCA